AUGCUGCGCCUCUCGGCGAAGCUGCUCUCCUUCUUCUGGAGGAGAGCGGAUGUCCCGGAGGAGGACCCUGGGCUAGGGCAGCCGGAGCUCGGGGAAGGUGAAACCAAAUUGAAAACUGUGCAGGGCGUUGUGACAAGAUACUGCAGUGAUUAUGGCAUGAUUGAUGACUUGAUCUACUUCUCCAAUGAGGCUGUUACUAGCAAAGUGCUGCUGAACGUUGGACAGGAAGUUAUUGCGGUUGUGGAAGAAAAUAAAGUAUCGAAUGGACUGAAAGCAAUCAGGGUGGAGGCUGUCUCUGAUAAAUGGGAAGACGGCAGCAACAGCGAUGGCCAGGGGCUGUUGGGGCCCAGCCCGCAGGUGCUGAUUGGCUGUGUGACUUCCCUGCUGGAGGGCGCUGGCUACAUCAAUCAGACCACGUACUUCCCUCUGGAGAUUGUUUGUGAAGGUUUUGAGCCUUGCAAGGGAGACUGGGUGGAGGCCGAGUACUGGAUUCGGCCCGGCACGUGGAGCAGCGAGGCCACCUCGGUGAAGCCACUGCGGUACAAGCGUGUUGACAAGGUCUGCAUUUCUAGCCUCUGUGGAAGAAAUGGGGUGAUAGAUGAUAGCAUCUUUUUCACCUUGGAUUCUCUGAAACUCCCAGAUGGAUAUGUGCCUCGAAGAUACGACAUUGUCAAUGCAGUGGUGGUGGAGAGCAGCCAGUCUUGUUAUAUUUGGAGAGCACUUUGCAUGACUCCAGUGAAAAGGCGAGACCCUUCUCCUGCUGACAAGGGUGUGGACGAAGCCUGUGAAACCCUCUUGUUGAAAAACAAAGGUGACAUUGAAGUUACAAGGAUGACAAAUUUGGGAACUCUGAAAGAAGGAGAAAGUAAAAGUAUGGUGAUUUGGAUAGAGAAUAAAGGAAACAUUCCUCAAACCUUAGUCAGUUGCAGACUAGCUGGCUGGGAUAAAGCUAAACAAUUCAGAUUUCAGAAGCUUGAUAAAGACCAGGUGUGCUCAGAGGUAGCUUUUGUUGCUGUUCCUGGGAAGAAGAAUUUUCAUGAUGGAAAUAUUAACUCAUUAAAUAGCUACAGAAACAAAACCUCUGAGACGCUGGAGAGCAGCUUGGUGAACAGCAGAGAGGUCUUUCCAGAUGACUGUACCUGCACAGGAGAAAAUGGAGUGAAAGAGAACACAGUGCCAAAGAGGCAGCUCACAGCGUCCGCACCCCUCGGGCCGAUCCCUCCGGGCGGGAGGGCCUGCAUCAAGAUUCUGUGUGAUGCAAAAAAUUCUGGCCGCUGCAAGGAGCUCCUUUUGCUUUGUUUUUCUAAUUUCAUAAUUGGGCGAUACCUUGAAGUAAAUGUUGUAAGUGGUGAGGAGUCACAAAUAGCUGUGCAAGAACCGUUUUCUUGGAAAAAGACUAAAAGUUCCCAAGCUCUGACUUCCACAAAAUCCACUGUUGUAGUGACCACACAGAAAAGGAACUCAAGACGACAACUUCCAAGUUUUCUUCCACAGUACCCUAUACCAGAUAGACUCAAAAAAUGUGUGGAACAGAAAAGCGACAUACUGACUUUCCAGCCAUUACUCGCAGAGCUUUUGAGUAUGUCAAAUUACAAGGAGAAGUUUUCAACUUUGCUGUGGCUUGAGGAGAUUCACGCAGAAACAGAACUCAAAGAAUAUAAUAUGAGUGGAGUCACCUUGAAAAGGAAUGGGGAUUUAUUGGUUUUGGAGGUCCCAGGGUUAGCUGAAAGUAGACCUUCUUUGUAUGCAGGUGAUAAGCUGAUUUUGAAAACUCAGGAGUACCGUGGACACGUCAUUGAAUACAUCGGCUAUGUGCUUGAGAUUCACGAAGAAGAUGUAACUCUAAAACUUAAUCCAGAAUUUGAGCAAGCAUAUAACUUUGAACCUAUGGAUGUGGAGUUUACAUAUAAUAGGACUACAAGCAGACGAUGUCACUUCGCACUUGAGCAGGUCAUCCAUUUAGGUGUAAAAGUGCUGUUUCCAGAAGAAAUCAUUUUACAGUCUCCCCAAGUUACAGGGAAUUGGAACCAUGCACAAGAUACCAAAAAUGAUGGACAGUGUACCCAAAAGAGAAAUAGAAAGUCCACAAUUACAGAGCAAACCAAACAUGAAACGAAGGAGAGGCGAGUCGGUGGCAGGCGCAGGCCAGGCGUGGUGACAUUCGCUGCAGAGACAGGUGACCUGGUAAACGAAUCACACGUCCCUAAAGCAAGAGAGAAGGAAUUCUUCAAUCCUGUACUAAAUGAAAAUCAGAAGUUAGCUGUUAGAAGAAUUCUGAGUGGUGACUGCCGCCCCCUGCCGUAUAUUCUCUUUGGACCUCCUGGAACUGGAAAGACAGUGACGAUAAUCGAGGCUGUUUUACAGGUGUAUCACGCUUUGCCGGACAGCCGGAUCCUGGUCUGCGCGCCCUCCAACAGUGCCGCCGACCUCGUGUGCCUGCGGCUGCACGAGAGCGGGGCGCUGCGGCCCGGGGCCAUGGUGCGUGUCAACGCUACCUGCAGGUUCGAGGAGAUCAUCAUCGACACCGUUAAGCCGUACUGCAAGGACGGGGAGGACAUCUGGAAGGCCUCACGCUUCCGGGUGAUCAUCACGACCUGCAGCAGUGCGGGGCUCUUCUACCAGAUAGGAGUGCGAGUUGGACAUUUCACUCAUGUGUUCAUGGACGAAGCCGGGCAGGCGAGUGAGCCCGAGUGCCUUAUCCCUCUGGGGCUCGUUUCAGACCUCAAUGGCCAGAUUGUACUUGCCGGAGACCCCAUGCAGCUUGGACCAGUCAUUAAGUCCAGACUCGCAAUGGCCUAUGGGCUGAACGUGUCCAUGUUGGAGAGAUUGAUGUCUCGGCCAGCAUACCUGAGAGACGAAAAUGCUUUUGGUGCAUGUGGUGCAUACAACCCCUUGUUGGUUACCAAGCUUGUGAAGAACUACAGAUCCCACUCGGCCCUGCUUGCCCUGCCGUCCAGACUUUUCUAUCAUCAGGAACUCGAAGUCUGCGCAGACCCCAAAGUGGUGACCUCCUUGCUUGGCUGGGAGAAGUUACCCAAGAAAGGUUUCCCUCUCAUUUUUCAUGGUGUGAGGGGCAAUGAAGCGCGUGAAGGAAGAAGUCCAUCGUGGUUCAAUCCGGCUGAAGCUGUUCAAGUCAUGCGUUACUGCUGCCUCCUUGCCAGGGGCACCUCGAAUCAGGUGUCGGUGAGCGACAUCGGUGUGAUCACACCCUACCGGAAGCAGGUGGAGAAAAUCAGAAUUCUUUUGCGAAAUGUUGAUCUGAUGGAUAUAAAGGUUGGAUCAGUAGAGGAGUUUCAAGGACAAGAAUAUUUGGUUAUCAUCGUUUCAACUGUACGAUCAAAUGAAGAUAGAUUUGAGGAUGAUAGGUAUUUUUUGGGUUUCUUGUCCAAUUCAAAAAGAUUCAACGUUGCAAUCACCAGACCCAAAGCACUGCUGAUUGUGCUGGGGAACCCUCACGUUCUCAUCAGGGACCCCUGCUUCGGCGCCUUGCUGGAGUACAGCAUCACCAGCGGCGUUUACACAGGAUGCGACCUGCCCCCCGAACUGCAGUCCCUGCAAAACUGUGACUAGACCGUGGCAUCUCUGCUCACCACCGAGCUGUGCCUGGGACCUGGUGGACGUGCAGGGGCAGGUGGCCCUCCCAUUUGCGACUGGUGAGCUUCUGCACAGGGGCUGCUUGGUCCUCACUGGGGCCGGACGCCAGGGCCUGGCCCCAGCCCACCUUCCUGUUGUUGUUUGGCCCCUGACUUCCCCAAGUCCUUGUUUUGGAACCCCGACCCUGUGCUUGGGUGGUGCUACUGGGUGUGGCAGAGCCUGCCCAUUGCCUGUCACAGCAGGAGCACACGCAUGUGCAGUUCAUGACCCAGUGCUACAAUAAACACACGAGUG